AUGAAGAAACGGGCCGACCUGCAAAAGAAACUACAAUCUCUUUUGUGCACGGCCAGCGAGAACCGAAUAUCUACGAAGGUUGUUAAUCUUUCGAAAAGGGACCUAUCUUCUACUGAAAUAAGCCUCCUGUCUAAGGGGAUAAGAUUCAGUCACACCGAUGCUGCACCUACGGACUUCCUAGCCAACCUUGAAUCCCUCCUUCUGACCUCAGGCGUCCCGGAUGACAUGUGUGCGAACAUUCGCAGUUGCGCCACUGGUCUCCUUCGACAAAGGAAACAUCAUCAAACCCUACCGACCGAAGAGAAAAAGGCGUUGCGAUCGCCAAAGACAGAUGACAAAAUAGUUAUUAUGUCUGCUGACAAAGGAGGAGCAACCGUUAUCAUGGAUAAGGUUGAUUACGUCAACAAGGCAAACCAAAUCUUCGAUGACAGGGAAGCAUAUGCACCACUCGCCGCCGACCCAACGAAAAAGCAAGCCGCGACUAUCAAGAAGAAAGUGAAUGAGCUUGCCUGA